AUGAGUGAGGUAAUUGUUCCAAGAAGUUUUCGAUUAUUAGACGAGCUAGAAAGAGGACAAAAAGGAAAUGUAAGUGAAGGAGUAUCAUUUGGUUUAGAAAGUGCUGAUGAUAUAACACUUUCGAAUUGGUCAUGUACAAUUUUUGGGCAACCAGGUACUGUCUUUGAAAAUAGAAUUUACUCUCUAACUAUUUUUUGCGAUGAUAAUUAUCCUGAUGCUCCACCAACUGUUAAAUUUGAUACAAAAAUUGAAAUGACUUGUGUAGAUAUUAAUGGAAGAGUUAUCAAAAAUAAUUUGCAUAUAUUAAAAAACUGGAAUCGUAAUUAUACUAUAGAAACAAUUUUAAUUUCUUUAAGGCAAGAAAUGUUAUCAAGUGCAAAUAAAAGAUUACCACAACCAAAUGAAGGAGAAGUUUACUCUUCUUAUUAA